CUUCUCCUUAGCAACGGGAGUGUUGAUGGCGUUGUUAAGGAGGAUGCAGCUGAUGCUCCCGGCCGAGCCUGCAAUGGAGGGAGCUGCCGCUUUGGUGGUGCGGGGCCGCGGAGCUGCGGGCAGGGAGGGACCAAAGAAGUUUCUGAGCAACAGCCAAAGAACCAGCCCAGUGCAUAACCUCAGUUUCCUAGGUUCUGGCAGGAGCCGCACUUUUCACAAUGGUAGCUUGGGAAGAUCAUCGCUGGAUGGGGGAGAAUUUGGUCAACCACUUCAACACCUUACAGAGACCGCAACCAUCAGUAAACUGGAAGAAAGCUUGAGGAAACUUAAAAUCCAGAUGGACAGCUUGGCCUCCAGUCUGAGUUUCCAUACCAAUGAAGACGACAUUUUGGAUCUGGAAUUGUCCAGUGACUCGAGCCCUUUUAGUUCCAUUUGGCCAGAAGCUUCUUCAGGGAGUUUUGUGAAACCCAGUAUUGGAAGCCCACCAAAGGCACCAUCAGAAUGGUUCCUGAAAUCAAAACACCUGCUCAGAUCCUUAGGUGGUUAUUCAGCGUUGACUCACUUGGGACUUCCUAGCUUUGCCUUGUCCUCAGUGGACCGGGUGGCAGGAAUGCCAGGAAGUGAGAUUACAAUUGAGAAAUCCAUGCCCACCACGAAUCUCACUUUCCCGUUGAAGCUGGGAGCUCCACACGUGAUCGGUGUCAGAUCCCUGUUGCCCCCUAAGAUCCCUGUCAGAUCUUGCUCUCCAGAAUGGGCACCGCUGUUCCCCGACAGAGGCCGUUCACUGAGCCUUGACCAUUCUGAGGCUCGGCGCUCGCGUUCCUGCUCCCCGGCCUCCAAACGCUCCCACUUGCUCCGAUCUCGAUCUCAGUCCCCACGGCCUGUCUGGAGACCGAAUUCAGCCAAGGCAAAUGCCUGUGCUCAGCCUCCACCACAGCUCGGGAAGCCCAGAGGCUCCCGGAAGAAGAACAGACCCGUUCGGCAAUCGCGAUGGGGGACAUACAGGCCAGGCACCUCGGCCCUCAGAUAUGACACCCCCAGCCAGGCGACAGGCAGGGGAACGCCGAAUAACACUUGGACUCCUUACAGUUUGCCUUCUGCUGCCGUCUCCUCACCUACGGCCCAGGAGAUCAAUGAACGGUUCCUGCAGAUUCUGGCAGAAGGUGCCACGGGCAGCUCCUCGGUCGAAGUGUCCCCGUACCAAAAAGAGUUGGCGCGUCUGCGGCUGGAGCGCUUGCGUCUGGAAGAGGCCUGGCUGCUGGAGCUGAAGAGGCAGCAGGAACUGGAACGAACCCGGGGCCCACAGCCCAAGUGGUACGAGAUAAGAAACUCCCAAUUCCAUUAUGAGGCCCGCAAGAACAAUGAGCUGCUGAGAAAUAGCCCGGAUGUGCAGUCAGUGUACAAGUAUCGGCAGGAGUUGGCAACGGCCUCCCAGGAAUUCCAGCAACAUCCCGGAUCCACCUACCUGGAGACCUGCUGAAAAGGAUCAAGGCAGGGGAUUUAAUGAACUUAGACCGGAAGCCAUCAAGUGAUGUAUGUUUGGCAGGACUGUACCACUUUGGACUGCAAAUAUUAGGUUGCCUCAUCCACUAUUAAAAAGACGGCUCAUAGAAAA